AUGGCAGCAUCAAUAGGCAAUACUUCUUUAGUGCCAUUACUAGCAGAGAAUUAUACUCAACUAGAAAUUCAAAAAUUUGCAAUAAAAUUGAAAUUUAUUUUUUUGUUCGUUCAAGCAUUCAUUUGUUUAUUUGGUCUAUUUGGAAAUGUACUUGCAUUAAUCGUUAUCAAUAAAAAAUCGUUAAGAAAUACGUCAUCAUCUGUAUUUAUAACUUACAUGGCCAUAUUCGAUAGUGCGGUUCUUUUUUUACAUGCUGCAAAUUUAUUGAGACCACGUCGGCAACUCUUCAUACAUUGUUCAUUAAUAUAUCUUACGGAUGUGUUUACUUUUUGUGCGAAUUGGGUUUUAGUUAUUAUAACUUUAGAACGUUGUACUGCUGUUGCGUCUCCAUUAUUAGCCAAACGCUUUUGUAGCGUUAAUUCAGCACGUUAUUCUGUAUAUAUUCUUGUAACAAUAGCAAUCAUAUCUUUUUCUACGGCAUUUCCAAUAGUAUAUAAUAUACGCGGAGAUCCAAUUAAGAAAAAAUGUACUAUACGAAAAGAUUUUCAGUUGGCUCUACGAAUCGUUCAACCAAUUAUUAUGUUAGGCAUACCAGAUAUUCUACUUCUAUCCAAUUUUUUUACCGUUUAUUCAUUAAUUCGUCGGCGCUUACAACAUUCAUCCAAUGAUGAAAAAUUACAGAUGCGUGUAAGUGAUGUUAAUUCAAAUCGUAAACAGCAACAGUUAACUAUUAUGCUUGUAACAGUCAACCUUGCUUUUUAUCUUUUUACAACACCGGCUAUGAUUAUUUAUAUAUUGGAAAUAACACCACCAAAUCAUCGAAUAUUAUAUAAACUUAAACGUUCCCAUAUAAUAUCGAAUAUGUCUGUUGUAUUAUUACAAUUAAAUAAUGCGACAAAUUUUAUAUUUUAUUGUUUAUCUGGUCAAAGAUUUCGUCGAGGAACAGUCGAAACAUUUAAUAAUGGAUCAGUUAAAUUGAAAUUUUUCUAUUAUCGAUAUAUUCUAUGCGAUAAGCAAUAUAGACUACCAAUCGAUCGGCAAUCUAUAAGUCUAUCCUAUUCGACAACAGCGAUUCGUGCUUCAUUUCCAACAGCACAUAUACACACUGUAAAAAGAAAAUUCACCAUGUAG